AAUGCCAUGUGUAGUCGCGUGUCCGUCACAGAAAUGUGUCCGGGUUGAGAUGCAGGACAUGUGGGGGAAUAAAUGAGAAUAUAACAUAUAUAUGAAAGCAGGAUCAUUUCAGUUCGAGGCUGAACAGAAUAAUUGUAUGAAAUUAGUAACGUUAAGCUUAUAAGAGAUCCGCGUGCUGUAGAUUGUAGUAUUGUGUGUGUGUGUCCUGCAUGGUGAAGGGCUGCUGGUGAUCAGGAUUAAUAAGAAGAAGAAUCAAAGGAAGACUCCUUUUUAAACAAGAGUGAUUUAAUAGGGUGUGAGUAAGAUGAGUCUGUUGCCGAGAACAGCGGAAGAGUUCAGCUCUGCGGAUUACUGGGAGCGGUUUUUCCGCAAACGGGGAGAAAAAGCCUUUGAGUGGUAUGGGGACUACACCUCCCUGUGUGGCGUGCUGCACAAGUACAUCAAACCACGUGAGAAGGUUUUAGUGGUGGGUUGCGGAAACUCAGAGCUGAGCGAACAGCUUUACGAUGUCGGCUACCACCACUUAACCAACAUCGACAUUAGUGAGACGGUUGUUGCUCACAUGAACCAGCGAAACGUGCAACGCCGUCCCGACCUCACCUUUCAUCAGGUGGAUGCCACUCAGACGGGUUAUGAAAGCGGGAGCUUUCAGGCUGCUCUGGACAAGGGAACUCUAGAUGCCAUGGCCUCGGAAGAGGAGGGCAUCGUGGCCGGCAGGAUGCUGGCCGAGGUUGGCCGGGUUCUGGCUGUGGGCGGCCGUUACGUCUGCGUGACUCUCGCCCAAGAGCAUGUGAUAAAGAUGGCAGUGGAGCAUUUUGCUGAAGCCGGCUUUGCUGUCCGUAUUCAUUGCCUGAGCCAGCAGAAUGCAGACUCCUCAUUCUCACUUCCUGUAUUUGUUCUAGUCUGCACCAAGUUCCGCCAGCCCGCUCCCUUCAAAGUGCUGGAGAUGUGCCAGGGGGAGGACGGUACCCUGUGUAGACUGGCAUCGGUUGCUGAGCUCUUAGCUGCAGUAAAGGAACGGCAAGCGUACGCUCUCAUGCUCCAGAAGCUGAAGGGGUCUACGGAUACUUCCAGCACAUCCUCCCUCACGCUGUGCCACGCAGCCACGGGUCGUCCCCGAUACACACUCACGGUGCAGGACAGUCUGCCAUCUGCCAAAGUACCCCGUGCCAACCACUUUGCUAUUUUUAUUGUUCCUCAGGGUCGAGAAUCCGAUUGGUUGUACGGUUCUGCCGAGGGUCGCGCUCAGCUAGCCGCCAGCGCAAACUUCCGCCGAUUGAUCGUUGUUGCAAUGCAUCGAGACCAGGAAUAUGAAGACAUGCAAGCAGUCCAGUCCGAGCUCUCCAUGGUGAUGGAACUGGCACCUCCUGGAAUGCCAGCCAAUCAGCAGGUGCCGUUUUUGUCUGUUGGAGGUGACCUGGGCUGGAGGGAGGUGGUGGGCCGAGGCAUCAGUACCCUAACCGGCGAGUAUUCUGUUGAAGAUGUCCGAGGAGAAGACGGUCAUAUCUACCGUAGAUUGAUCUUCAUGAAUAACACUCAGCUGGUGCAGUCGGAAAGCCGCCUACGAUCCACUUCUACAACUGGUUCUGUGCAGAAAAAAAAGAGCAAAAAGAAAUCGAAGGCUCCCACUGCUGAAACUCCAGCUUCGGUUAACAAGAAUCACACUGUAGAUCGAGGGUUUCUCUGUUGUACUCAUCACGAGGUGAUGAUCGCAGGCUUUGCCAUGUUGGGAAAGGAGGCCGUCAGUAAUAAAGACCGUCAGGUAUCAGUGUUGGUGGUGGGGCUGGGCGGUGGAGGGCUGCCCCAGUUCAUACGGGAUUUUGUGCCUGGCGUGCUGGUGGAGGUUGUGGAACUCGACCCAGCUGUACUGGAGAUGGCAAAAACCUGGUUCGGGUUCCAGCCUGACGAUAGACUGAAGGUAACCCUGGGAGAUGGUCUAGAACACAUCAACACCUUGGAGAGUAAGGGGGGACAUUCCUAUGAUGUCAUCAUGUUCGAUGUUGACAGUAAAGACCGCUCCCUGGGCAUGAGCUGCCCUCCGCCUGCCUUUGUAGAAACAUCCCUUUUGGAGAAAGUCUGCAAGUUGUUAACUCCUCGAGGAGUGUUUAUGUUAAACUUGGUGUGUCGUGACUCAGCUCUGAGGCAGUCAGUGUUGGAGCGUUUGCAGGACGCGUUCCCGAGUGUUCUCUCUCGUCCCAUUGAGGGUGAAGUAAACGAGGUGCUGCUGUGUUCCCGGACUGGGGGUGAACGAGACAAACCAAACACCAUCCCAAAAGAGCUACAGCAGACAGCCAAACACCUGCAGGGGACACUGCAGAGCCACAAUGCUCCCUUUAAACCUCAAAUAGACAUUAUUGCAAUGCUGAAAGACUUGCGAGUAGCUUGAACGGGCUGUCGGGGCCCGUAUGUGUGC